CUUGUUGCAAAAGUCAACGCUUCAAGUUUGGAUACAAUUGAAAAGUACAUAAUCUCAUGGUUUAAGCAGUCUGACAACCCUUCUUUCCUAAAUCUAAGUUUGCGUAUCUAUAAGAUCUAUGCAAGUAGUGUUGGUCUAGGAAGCAAUCUAGUGUUGGAUGAAUUGGCAGUUACUAGAGUCAAAACCAUAAUAUCUCAAACUGGUGUUGGCUCUUCCAUUGAAUGGGAUACUGUAUAUUCUGCAUUAUCUGUAUUAACAAUCAUUUCUGAAAAGUCAGAGAGUGUAUACGGCUCCGACUUUAAAGGAACUUGGGAUAAUAUCAUUGGAUGUUUAUUAUAUCCGCAUACCUGGGUUCGUUUGUCUGCCAGUCGUUUGGUGAAUCAAGUUGUUAACAAUUUAGAAAAGUUUGAAGUUAAGUUUACUGAUUUUGAAAUUCAAACAAUUGUAUCAAGAAUCAUGCACCAACUAUCAGCUCCAUCAAUAUCUGAAAAUUUAUCUACAGUUGCUAUCAAGACGCUAGUUAAAAUUGUAAUUAGAUGGAAAGACCAUAACACUAAAUUCAUUUCAAAAGAUGGUGAUACUGAAGAGAAGACACCUUCUUAUUCCAGUGCAUUAGAUUACAUGGUAUCUAGAGCAUCAGCAAUUAUUAGAAGUGAAGAGAAUCCAAAUGAUUCAUUUAUGUCCAAGAAGUCUUCUAUACAAUUGUUGGCAAUGAUGGUGCAGCUAAUGAAUGAAACUCAACUAUUAGAUGAAUCGGAAAAAAUCAUGUUGCCACUAUUCAUUUAUACAGAAAUUGAUCAAAAUAAUAGGUUGAAGGAUCAGGAUAAGGAACUAGUAGACCUUGCUCAAGAAUGUUUAAAAAUGUUAGAGGUCAAAAUGACUGUGUCUGACUUCACCAAAUCGUAUACCUCUGUCAAACAAACUGUAAUGAAGAGAAGAAGAGAGAGAAGAACAAAAAGAUCGAUUUUAGCUGUGACUGCUCCAGAUAUUGCCGCACAGAGGAAGUUGAAGAAGCAUGCUAGAUCUAGGGAAAAGAGAAAGCAUGAGAAGGAUGACAGUGGGUUUUAUCAAAGAAAAAAUAAGACAAGAAGGACCUGA